UAUUUGAGAAGACGCAGCAACUCAAAAAGACUUGCAUGUUUUACAAUUACUCGAAAACCAUAAUGCCAAUUUCGCGCUCUGUUUUCCGAAGCUCUUGGAACUUAUGUGCGAUCUACCGGCAUUGUGAUCGACAUAUUGAUCGACGUAUUGGACACCCCUGGUCUAUACAUUCAAUUAUAACUGGAUACAUUGUAAAAACUGAAACAUUGCAUAAACUAGUGGAAACUUACACCAACAAACAUUAAGGAAAUGUUAUGCAAGAAAAUAUAAGAAACUUUUUAACCAUCUCAUUACAGUCAGAAAGCAGUCGAGAGUAGAGGGCCAGGGCUAAGGCAUAUCGGAAGCAACUGCAGACUUCCAUAAUCUUGCGCAGUUUAAAAUACAAGAUUUAAUUUUUUUACCUUUAAUACAUGUCAACUAACAUCAUUUAAAGGGUUAGAUCAGGAUUUUAGACAUGAAUCUCUAUAGCUUCUCCAUAAGCAGUGUGGUGCAUUGACCAUGACUUACCCGCGACAGCGUCCUGUGAGCCGAGCUCCGGUCCAGUUUUUGUCAAGAUUAAAUUAGUCCGGCAAGUUUGCUGGGGUCACGGCAAUAAAGCUUUUUUCUUCUCAAAUCAAUAUGUGUUCAAAAGAGUGAUAUAUUUGAAGCACAAAACCGCUGUCUAUGGAGAGGUCAGACCUCGUAAUGGCUUGGCACUAUUUUCUUCCCCGUCAUAUCACUGCGCGCUGCCGCUACCUACAGCCAGCUGCGAGCUGCGCAGGCGCACACCACUUUUUCAGUUGUUCGGCAGUGUUUACAGGUGUGUUUACGUGCUCAGAACAGCUACACGAACGAGCUAACAUAGCUACUCACCAAGAGCGAUCAGUUUGUACAAGCUUUGUACAAAAUGGUGCGGACUUGUGACUAUCCGGACUGUACAAACAAAGAUGUGGCGCUUUCUCCUCACACAUUUCAAAGAUUUCCUGUGGCAGAUGUUGCUCUGAGGCGACUUUGGCUCAUUGCUCUGGGCUUCAAUGUGAACACUAAACUGGCGAAGAUAAAGAAGCUUCGCGUUUGCAGUGCACACUUCAGCGACGAUGACUAUGUUUCUCCCUGCCCAGGACAGAGGAAGAAACGUGUUUUGAAGAGUACUGCUGUCCCAGCACCCUGGGCAUGCACUCCUGUUGUGAUGGCUGCUGCAGCAGCCCAGUCUGGGUGCAGUACUGAUUCAAUCCCUGACGAAGUGGACCACGCAUUCUCUGGACUCCCUCAGUCAACCCCUCUGAAGUGCAGAUUUGACCAUAAACACUUGAAGAUGGUUCUCACCAGCCCACCAGAAACCGUUCCAAAAACAAAGCCAUCAACAUCUGGUACAUACUUGGCCCUACCUCCCACCUGUGAACAGUCAAAGUCAGGGAACCCGAGCUCAACAGUUGCAUCUGAGACACUGGAGACAAGCAUGAGUUCCAUAGAGGCACCUAGUGUAGGGGAUGACUGCACAUUUCUUCCUCUGAGUAGUGAAUGUACAUCCACAAGAUCAUCUUCCUCAGACGUGAGCAUUGUGGGAGCAGAAAGGAGAGGUGAUUGGUCUGAGAGGAAGUGGAUUGUGAAUGAGUCGGCCCUUAUGGAACUGUUUUCAACUUGUCACACAUGUGGUGUAUCCAUUACUGACAAGAAAAUCACCAGCUGUGGAUCAAAGAUCAAAAUAGAAUGGACUUGUCUCAAUCACCAUACAGGAGUGUGGCAGUCAUGUCCAGAUGUCAGGGGAAUCCCUGAGAAUAACCUAGUGUCCUCAGCAGCCAUUAUUUUCACUGGAACAACACAAAAUGAAAUUGCAGAAUGGGCCGAUCUUCUGAAUUUACAGCUUCCAAAGAAGACAUCGUACUACUCACUACAGUCCACUUAUAUGAUACCUGUAAUUCACAAAGCCUACACUGACAUGCAAGAAAAAAAUAUCGCCCAACUCCAGGAAGCAGCGUCUCAUGGUGGACACACAGAUAUUUGUGGUGAUGCAAGAUCUGACUCCCCAGGCUACAGUGCCAAGUACACCUGUUACAGCUUCAUGGAUGAUGCAACAAAGAAGAUAAUUAUGUCAGACCUAAUUCAGGUAAAAUAUAUCCAGUAUUGUCCUUUUACUGAGUGUCCCUGAUCCCUAUGUUCUACUUUUAUAAGCCUCCCCGCACUUCUUUUCUUCAAUGAACAAUUUGGGUAUCUGAGACUACGAGUUCACCAGCAAUGGAGUCUGUUGGUUUCCGGAGGGGUCUGGAUCGUCUGCUGGACUCUGGAGUUAGUGUUGAUGUUGUUACGACUGACCGGGCUCCAUCAAUACGGAAGAUCAUGAGGGAGUCUUAUCCGGAGCUCAGACAUCAGUUUGACCCAUGGCAUGUUGCUAAAGGUGUAAAGAAGAAAGCAACUGCAGCAGCAAGGAAGAAGGAAAACCGGGAUCUGCAGCCUUGGAUCAAGUCUCUGGGCAAUCACUUCUGGUGGUCAUGCAGUUCUUGUGGUGGUGAUGAGAAGGAGUUGAGACGCCGGUGGACCUCUAUCCUGUAUCAUGUGUGUGGUGUUCACCUAUGGGAAGAAAAUGGGCAGGAGUACAGGUGUUACCAUGACGACCUCAUCGAUGGCCAACAAAUAAGAAAGAAAUGGUUGAAGAAGGGGUCUGCUGCCUGGAAUGCUCUCAAGGCUGUCGUACUAGAUAAAAAUCUCUUGAGGGUCUUCAGUCAGUUGACUUUAUUCAAGCAUACCGGGAACCUUGAAGUGUUCCACAGCUCUAUGCUGAAGUACGCAGAGAAGAGGCGCCACUUCACAUAUGUCAGUAUGCAGGCAAGGCUUCAACUGAGUGUCAUUGACCACAACCUCAAUGUUGACCGUCAGCAGGACCGUACUCAGUCUGGUAA